CCAACCGCAAAACAUUUCAUUUUUGCAACCAAAUGAAUUGAUGAGUGCAUGCAUGCAUCAGGCUGAGAGUAUAAGUGCGCGCAAUCCUCGCAUGCAGCACAUGCUUCUUGGUUCGCUCUAGCGCUCGCAUGCUAUCGAGCAGCUAGUGACCAUGGCCAUGGCAGGGAGCCAUGCCAAGCUCUCCUGCGCGGUUCUUUUGAGCUUGCUGCUGCUGCUCCGGACGCCCGCGGGAUCGGAGGCCGCGUGUUCCGUGGACGCCAUCUACAGCUUCGGCGACUCGAUAGCGGACACGGGCAACCUCCUCCGACAGGGCUCGGCCGGGUUCUUCGCCUCCAUCGGCAGCUACCCCUACGGCCAGACCCUCCGGAAACCCACCGGACGCUGCUCCGACGGCCUCCUCAUCAUCGACUACUUCGCGAUGGCGCUGAACCUGUCGCUGGUGAGCCCGUACCUGGACAAGGGCGCCGACUUCGCCAGCGGCGUCAACUUCGCGGUGGCUGGCGCCACGGCGCUCGACCGGGGGGCCCUGCUGCAGAGCGGCGUCAUGAUGCCGCCGGCGAGCGUGCCGCUCACCUCGCAGCUCGACUGGUUCAAGUCGCAUCUCAACGCCACGUGCCCCUCGCAAGAAGAUUGCGCAAAGAAGCUCGCCGGAGCGCUCUUCUUGGUGGGGGAGAUCGGGGGCAACGACUACAACUACGCCUUCUUCCAGGGCAUCAGGUCCAUCGAGGCCAUGAAGGCCUACGUGCCACAGGUCGUCAAGACCAUAAUGGACGUCUCCAAGGAGGUGAUCGAGCUGGGGGCGACCAAGAUCAUCAUCCCGGGGAACUUCCCGAUCGGGUGCUCGCCAAGCUACCUCUCCCUCUUCUCUGCGUCCGGCACCGCUGACCAUGACGGGAGGGGCUGCCUCAAGAGCUACAAUGCCUUCGCCGCGCACCACAACGAGCAGCUCCAGGCAGCCAUCGAUGACCUGAGGAAGGUCAACACCGACGUCUCCAUCGUCUACGCCGACUACUACGGCGCCUUCAUGCACCUCCUCGACCAUGCCUCGAUCCUAGGGUUCGACGACGGCUCGCUACUGCUCCAGGCGUGCUGCGGGGCCGGCGGGGCGUACAACUACGACAUGAACAUGAUGUGCGGCACGCCUGGCACGAGCUCGUGCGCGAACCCGGCGCGCCGCGUGAGCUGGGACGGCAUCCACCUCACCCAGCAGGCGUACAGGGCCAUGGCGCUGUCUCUCAUCAUGGAGGGGUUCGCCCAACCGGCUGAUGCUGUGCAAGAGAUCUGGAGCUGCUAAGAGAUGUUAGCUUGUAUUUUGGAUAGGAAAAAGUCCACUUUUGGUCCUUGAACUAUCGCAUUUGUUUGAUUUUAACCCUCAACUAUAAGACCGUGUAACUCAUACCCUAAACUAUAA